ACCGAUAGCAAAAUAACGCGAAGUGCGAACGAGCUACUGCUGUCGAAAAAACGAGACUUAAUUAAUUCAAAUUAAGUUCAGCUGUAUUUAUUUAUAAACAUAUUUGUAAAAUGAAGUAGAGCUUAACAUUGUUUAAAACACGGUCGCUAGUAAAGUGUAUAUUAUUCGUUCAUCGCUUCAAUGGCUUCUACUCCUAAACAAGUGAACGGCAAUGCAUCGCCGAGCAACGGUCCUCUGGGAAAGCGAAAAAAAUCCAAAGGAAGUAAAAGUUCCUAUUUAUCGAAAUGGCUGGAUAAAACAAUGCAUCAUAUUCAGGAACCCGCUCCAGAUGGAUAUGAUAAUCAACGAACGAAUUUAAAUUGGUCUAUGUGUCAAUCACCAAUUGUUCCAGGAUGCGAUUCCCAUCGCUUAAUGUACGGGUCGAAUGAACCGAUGUCCUUACCAACCUUGCCCAUGCACUACAACCCUAUGAUGCACCAUUAUCCGGAAUACAGGCCACAGCAUUUUGAAAACAAGAGUAUUCAGGUGCAGCGACCUAGAAUACGCCGGCGGAGUAAAAAUAGAGCAGAAGAACUUUCUAGUAUACCAGCAGAUGUAGCUAAUCAAAAUUACAUGCAACCAAAGAAUUUUUCUGAUAGCCAAGACUUUGCAAGCUUGCCACCAAUUGUUACAUCUACUGGGGACACAAAUUCGAAUAGUGAUUUGCUUAAUGAUAAAGAUGAUGGUAGUAAUAAUAGACGGUACAGUGAUCCUUGUAUGCGAGGUAUACAAGGUGCAGACGAACAAGCCAAUGGAGGGUCAGACUCUGAAUCUAGUUCUGGUGUGUCUGGAAGUCAAGUUGGAAGCAGACUAUUGUCAUACUUGCUUGACCAGAUAACAUCAUUGAAAAUGGUUAAUGAAAGACUGAAUAAGGAAUUACAAGAAACAAGAGCUGAAUUGGAUAAUUAUCAACCUCAAAGCUUUUAUUCAAAAGGUGCAACAAAUAUGGGUGGGCAGUAUUCACCGGGAUAUCUCACAGAGCUGGUGCGAGAAAUAAGAGAUGCGACACGCAUCAGAGAAGAGGCUAUGUACGCGCGCCUGCGCACCUUGGUGCUAGAGAGAAAUGAUAGCGGAUCAGGGUCAGCUACAUCAGAAUCAAAAGUUGCUGAAAGGAAUAUUGAGGAAAUCAAGGCCUCUCUGCGAGCGUCGGAAGCGGACAAACGAUGCAUGAUGGAUCGUAUAAACAAAUUGGAAGAUGAAUUAAGAAUCCUAAGGGUGUCUAAUAGUUUGGAGGAUAAUAGAAUGUCAAAUGGUACUAGCGAAGACGAAAGUGAACGGAUGCGGCUGCGCAGGGAAGUUGCAGAACUGCGCAAAUCGAAACAAAACGCCGAUGACAACGUUCUCAAACUAGAACGUCUUGUCACACAGUUGCGGUCCAAAUUCAACGGCAUUAUGUCGAAUGGACCGGACUCUAUCCCCAGCGAUCACGAUGAGAUGCGCAAUCGCCGUCUGAGCGCUAACUCAACUUUCAUGUGCGGGCCUGUUACGGACUUGUAGCGAACGGAAAUUGGGCACGUUGCCGUUAAUAUUGUCGCGGAUUUUGUUCAAUCCGCCUAUUAUAGACUGUUGGCCAAGAAGUAACAAUGUAUUGAAUGGUUCGAACAGUAUGCCAAGAAGUGAUUUGAUCCACGGAUUAUAGAAUGUUUAGGUGUUGAAGGAUCAUCGUGGCCUAGAAGUUCUAGGAUAGACUGUUUUAAGCCAAGAAAUUAGAUGUAAGAUUUGAUUAUACUUGAAUUGCCUAGGAUCAUGGAACACCUGUUUGAUAGAUUUUUUUGGAUUCAAUCAAAAGAUACAUUGACAUGUACUUUGUCGAAUUGUGAGCGCUGUUCGUUUUAGGAUUAAAAGUGUUAUUUAAGAAUUUGUAAUAUUUUGUUUUUAUCACUUUUGGGAACGUGAUGAACAUUUACGCUUUUGUUUGGAUACGUGAAGUAAAAAAUCCGGCUUGCGUUAGGCCCAAAAUGUCAGUGGGUCAGACACAGGAGGCUGCUUAUGUACAGAUACAUAAAUCUGAAGCCCAGACUUGAAAGCUAGUAGCGCCACUGAUUUGUUUAUUUAUUUUUAUCGUGCGUUAGUGAAGGAUUUGGGUGCUAUUUUCUGUACGCAACCUAAUUUAUAGUUGUUGCGUAAAUUUUAGCACCUCGUUCAUGUAAUUUGUCAGCCUACAAUGCUAUUUGUCAAGACAUUAUGCGUAUAGCUUAAGAGCUAGGUAAAAAACUCUUAAAGACUUAUAUAAAAAGUUUCUGUUAAAAUCUUAUCUAAAUCGUUAAAUUUUCUUGGGUGUGUGUUUGCAGCGCGUUUAAUACUUAAAAAUCUUGCUAUUUGCAACUUCGUAGUUCAAUAAUUGUUUUUUUUUUUGUCUAAUUUUCUUUAAUGUUAUUUAAUUUUUUUAAUUAUCACUCUGUAAUCUUAAAUCUGUCCGUUCGCGUUCUUUAGCAUGGUCAGUCUAAACCAGAUUCCAUUUCACUAAUUGGUGACCAUGCGUUUUAAUUAUUGUUUCUAAAGUUCAAUAAUUACCAUUUAGGCUUGUCAGUGGUCAACUCUAGAGCUAUCGUUUAUAUCAACGCCGCACGGUAUGUUGAUAUUUGCAAUUUUCAAGCAAUUGCCUUUGACACCUUGUCCGAUGUUUGCAAUGCCGCGAUGACCUUUGUCAAUGUUUUCUUAAGGUCCAUGUUUCAUUGACCAUAGAACCUUAAGAUCGUGUUGGAUCAGUGCUUACUAUGGUGGCAAUUGUUUUUGGCACAAAGAUUUUCUCAGGCAUCAUAGGUGUGUGUGAACGGUCUCUCGCUGAAAGAGCUUCUCUCAUAUUGGAGAAAAAUUUACUAAAAUGUAGAAUGUUAAAGUAUACUACAUACUCCCUCAAUUAUCAGAGAAAUAUGAAUAAUAAUCUAAUUAGUCCAACACUAUUAAUUGAAUAAUAUAAAUGUAUUUCUAAAAGCUCGACAAGGAAAUGAGCGACUCACUAAAAUCAACUUAAUUGAUAAGUUUUCUGUUCGCGUUCCCAUAGUGAUAAUUGAUUGAUUGCUUUACGCUUACGUCAUACUAGUUAGUACGUAUACAAAUACGGCCUGUCAUGUGAUAGUUAUACAAUAUAUGAGAAACCUCUGAUCUUCGAGUACUUGAAUUAUUUUUGUAUGUAGAAAAUUUAAGACGUUUUUCGUGUAAAGGAACUCAGUUGGACCGUGACACUACAAAUCGAUUAAUAUUAUUAUCGUUUGGCUUUACUUUACAAAUUUUGGUGAGUUUUAGAGUUCGCUAAGUAUGACGCAAAAACAUACAUAUCGCUGAGUCACGAGUUACUACUUGCAGAUUUAGAGUAUUUUAUGAGUACAUGAGAUGCCACCACUAAAUGUUUGACAGAACCGAUUCUUAUAAAUUUAUUAAUACACUAAUAUAUAGUAUUUAUUUGUUAUAAAUAUGCGAUCCUUAGGGAAGAUCCAAAAAAAAAUCCAAACAAAAAUUUAUUGUAAUAGUAUUUACUAUUACGUUCCAUUCUACGCUAAGGGUACAGACAUGUUUCUAACAUUGUAAAUUAAACAGUAUAAGCCUUCCCCCCCCCAUAUUGUAAUAAAUCAAUAUUAGUUAACUUGAGCAAGGAGUCGAUAGAGAACUUAAAACUGUAUGAAUAUAAUAGCGGAAUGUGCUCUCUAGUUUGUAGAUAGUGGUGCAUAAUCUGAUGUACUGCCCUAUUGUACGAUGUGGAUACACAAUACGUUGCUAUGGUAACAUACUACGUUUUAUACACAAUAAUAUAGCAAUAGAAACUCGAUUAUUUCUGUAUUUUGCGACAGAGCCAAAGCUUUCAUAUGUUCAACUGUUGUGGCUACAAAUAUGUAUGCUUUGGAACAAUUAUUUUACCUGUGUUGAUUCGUACAUCAUAAUUAUCAUGUAUAAUUAAUAAUUGUAUUAUAAAUGAAGCAAUAUACUCGUUCCUAAAUAAUCAUGCGUAGGCUAAGAAAUCUAAUGUAGAUACGAAAUAUUUUAAAUUUAUAUCAUCGCUACAAUAUCGCGUUUUAACAGCGCAUUAAAACUAAAUCAAUCAAUGUCAAUAAGUUAUUACUUUUUCUGUCAAAUUCUUUAUUUUAAUGAAAGAAUUAGUGCUGGAGACAAAGUAAUCGAACUGAUUUAGUUUUUAGGUGUGACGCUAGUAAUAUUUCUGCGCAUCUCUUGCCGAACAGUGAACACGAUUACUUCGAAUCUGUCCCUUAAGUUAAAGGAACAAAUAACCCUUUCGCAUCCCAAAAUACAGUGCCACCAACUUCUAAUGACAUCGAAACUGUCGCGUUAGUGUUGCCGAAUAAUUUUGGGAAAUUCGUCAGUUAAAAAAAAAUUAUUCGGUGAAUUAACUUGAAGAUAUUCAUCCAAGCGGGAUAUUAUUUAAAUAUAAACUUAUCAUUUGCCUAAAGAUUUAUAUUAUAGAUUAUUAGUAUACAUAGAUAAAGUGACAUUUGACAAUUUACAAAAAGGUUUGUCAAUGUCAACUGUCAAGUUUUCGAAUUGAAUUGGUGGCACUGUAACCGAUUUAUACUAACCACCGAAAUGAUAUUCAUAUUAGAUGUAAGUGACAUACCAAAUGUAGUAAUAGUUAUGUAAAAAACACGAAUUAUCAAAUAUAUAAUGCUCAAAUUAGGUACUUAUUUUGCACAACUUAGCACUACGAUAUAAACGCUUAAUGUGCCUAUCGAAAUGCAAUUAAUGCCAAAUUUAUAUUUACUGUUGUAAUGUCUUUGUUACACUAGAUUUUUUUAAAUACCAUCAACUAUUAGACGGAAAAUAUAAUAUAUACAGUAUUAGUUUAAAGAAGACUUACGCAACUGAUGCAACAGUGAAUAUAAAUUUGGUAGUCUGUUUAAUUUUUUGACAAUUCGUGUUUAGCUUUUUGACAUAGAGAAAAGAUGUGGUGCCUUAUAUGAAAAUAUUGUCCGCCCUGAUGUUGUAUUAUCUAUUGUUGUGCCAUUCUUUUUAUUUAUUGACUCCGCUUCGUUAUUUAAAUUAUUAUACUUUAUAAAAUUUGCCACGUUUGCUAAUGUAAUACUCACUAUUGAUUUGUUUGCUUUAAUAAAUGAUAA